UUAAAGUAUUUUUCAUGAACCUUAAAUUCAGACGACUCUUGCUAAUGAUUGCUAAUUCUUUGAAGUAAUACAUUUGUUUUUGUAAUGAAUGUAACCCUGAAGGCAUGAACACCCUGAUCGGGUACGACCUGGUGCCCGAGGCUAAGAUCGUGGACUCGGCGCUCAGAGCGUGCCGGAGACUGAACGACAUGGCCAGCGCCAUCCGUAUCCUGGAGGCCGCUAAGGACAAAGCCGGCCCCCACAAAGAGAUCGACCCGUACCUGAUCCAGGAGCUGUAGCCCACGCUGUCAGAGCUCGGCAUCUCCACUCCAGAACAGCUCGGCAUGGACAAGUUAUAG